UGUGAGAGAGUGAUGCGCUCUAUCGCCCAGUCUAGCGGAACCGUGCCAGUCUCUAUCUUUCAGGGGGCUGGGGCUGGUGGCCCAGAGCAGCAGCCCCAGCAGCAGCAGCAGCAGCAGCAGUCCCAGCAGCAGCAGCAGCAGCAGCAGCAGCAGCAACAGGCUCCGCAGCUGGGCCAGCAGCAGCAGCAGCAGUGGAGGGUCGGCCGUCUCCCGCCCGGGUGGCCUGGAGCUGGAGGGUUCAAGUGUGUGAAAGGACCAGCGGAGGAAAGUGUUGGUGAAGAGGAGAGGCGCCGUUUUCAGUCCUUGGUGGGCAGCCUCAUGUAUGCGGCCGUUCACACAAGGCCGGAUGCAGCCUUUGCUACCGGGCAGCUGGCUAGGGUUGUCCAAUGCCCUAAUGAGGAGCAGGUAGCAGCUGGAGAGAGGGUGGCCAAGCACCUUGGCCAAACAGCAACUGUUGGACUGCAAUACUCCGCGGCGGCACAAAGGCGUCAAAAGG